AUGGACCUCCCUAUUCGGCGCUCUAGUCACUCAUGGCAGCGACUGGACAUACAAACUAGCUCCAGUCCCAUCAAAAUCGAAGGCAGACAAUCAGAUGCUUUUUAUUCGGUUCAUUCAGGGGCAACAGUAUCUGCCCAGAACGGCUCUACUCAUUCAGGUGCAAAUCAGACACAGGAUGGAAAUAUUGUCCAAGUUGGCAACAUCAAUGCCAAUAUCGUUCAAAUAGCAAGAGAAGUUCCAUCCAUUGAUGUUCUUCGCUGGCUCUACGCAUCUUCUUACGAUUCAAAGCACAAGAAAACCAGAAGGGAAAGGGUCAAGGGCAGUGGUGCAUGGCUCUUAAAGAAACAAAAAUACCAAGAAUGGUACAGCGAUACUAGUUCAACACAACUACUCUGGUGUCAUGGGAAACCUGGAGCUGGCAAGACCUUUAUAGCGUCAGCGGUAAUCGACGAACUCCUUGCUAACCACAUGGAGCGGGAUAUUGGAGUUGCUUACAUUUACCUUGACUACGCCGACAAAGAAGCACAAACUCUCGAGAAUGUGUUUGCUAGUGUCCUCAAGCAGAUUGCAAUAUGUAAAGAGAAGGAAAGUAUCGAGGAAGUGCGUCGCCUGUAUCGCGCAUGUAACAUGGGUGCCCAAAGACCAGAAAUUGAUGCUCUGGUAGAAACUGUCAGGCAGAUAUCUCAGCAUUUCAAGCAGAUAUUUAUUGCCAUCGACGCUCUGGACGAAUGCUCGGAUAGGCUUCGUACAGUUCUCUUGAAGCAGCUCGAAAGUCUUGACGAUCCAAGAUGGAGAUUUUUUAUCACGGGCCGGUCGCACCUGUCUGAUGUUUCGAUGAAGUUUCCAUCAUGCUCAGAGUUGAUCAUUGUUGCCCAUCGCGAUGAUGUUGAGAAACUUGUGCUUGAAAGAAUCCGCGAGGAAGCGGGUUUGGCAGAGUUGUUCGAGGACAAUCCAUUGCUGGAAGAGACAGUUGUAUCGAAAAUUAUCGAAAGGUCGAAUGAGAUGUUUGUUCUAGUAACUCUGAUGCUAAAUAGCAUUGCUUCCAGCACGUGCGAAAGCGACAUCGAAAAUUUGCUUGAGCAGAUGCCAGUCGACCUCAGUCAUUCGUAUGAAAAGACUCUGGAACGAAUCAGGGAUCAACAUCCAAAAAAGGUCGAUCUCUCGUAUCGUAUACUCUGGUGGCUGUCUCGAGCCCGGCGUCCUUUGUCCUACGAGGAGCUGGCUCAUGCCGUAGCAGUGAGAGACCGCGACUGCGGCCGCAAUCCUAAGAAAGAAUCCAAACAAGGUAUCAUGACGACGGCAUGCAUGGGCCUUGUAUCUGUUGACGACGAGAGAAACUUUCGCCUGGUGCAUUUCUCAACCCAGGAGUACCUCCUAGCCCAUUUCAGCCAGUCAAGUAUCAAGCAAAUACUACGAGAGGAAGACAUCAUAGCGAGAGCCUGCCUCACGAUUCUUCUGUAUGACGAAUUCGAGAGCGGACCUUGUGAGACUUACACAGCUGCCAAAACACUUUACGAGAAUUGCCCAAUGCUACUUUACGCAGCUGAAUACUGGCAUGACCACUUGGCUGAAACCGUAAGCAAAGAUUUGAACAAUCUCUCUAUGAGGUUCCUCUCCAACUCCCGUAAGCUCAGAGUAUCUAGGCAAACUCGACAGCUCUGCAGCGAGGGGUAUUUGAGGCUAAGAGACCGCCAAUGGUGCUGGUUUUCACCGGAAGCAAGAUACACUGCGCCACAGUACACGCUCACAACCGCACUUCAUCUGACAUCGAUGCUUGGAAUGGUCCAUCAUGUCCAGCAAUUGCUUCAAGGGUCUGGCACUGACGUCAAUGCGACUGAUGACGAUCUUCAAACACCGCUGGCAUUGGCGGUACGAAACAACCGUGCGAGAAUUGUCGAGCUUCUUCUACGCGUAGAAUCAAUUGACUGCGAGGAAAAAGACAAGUUCGGCAGAACACCUUUUCUUAUAGCGGCCGAACUGGACGAUACAGAUAUCAUGAAGCAACUGCUAGCGAGGGGCGUUAUGGUUCAAAAACGAGACAACGAGUACAAGAACGCACUCCACAUAACAGCUAAGGCUCCACAUGACGACAGCACCGAUGUGGUAGAGUUACUUAUUGCCAGUGGUGUCGAGAUCAAUGCCAGGUGCAUGAAAAAUAUGACACCUUUGCAUAUGGCUGCACAAGCAUCCAAGAGCAAGGUUAUCGAGGUCUUGUUAUCCAAUGGCGCAGAUGCUUGUGCUGCUGAUAUAGAUGGAUUUACACCGAUUUUCAGUGCAGCCAGAAGAGACCUGACAAUAACACAGACAUUGCACCAGGCUGGCGCAGAUAUACACAGUCUUUGUGACGGUCAGUACGCCAUCUUGAGUGAUGCUGUAGCAGGCUGCCAGCAUGAGACUGUGGAGUGGCUGCUAUCACUUGGAGCGGAUCCUUAUCCCUCUGUCGCUGACAAAGAGGGAUGGACGCCACUGCAUUUGGCAGCUGCAGCAGAUCUAGCAACAGCAAAAUUACUGUACCAGGCCGGCGCAGAUGUACAUGCUUAUAAUAAUCAAGGCUAUACUGUACUAUGCAUUGCUGUAAUCAAGGGCCAGCGUGAGAUUGUGGAGUGGCUGUUGUCGCUUGGGGCAGAUCCCCAUGCCACUGACGAAAACGGAUGGACGCCAAUCCACUAUGCAGCUAUAAAAGAUCUAGAGACUACGAAGCUUUUACAAAAAGCUGGAGCAGAUAUUUACGCCCGUAUUAACUCUGGAUGGACGGUUUUGCGGGCUGCAGCGGACAACAAACGGGCUGAAAUUGUUGCGUGGUUAGUUUCCAUGAACACCGGGUCGCUCAUAAGUGACGAACACGCCCUGGUCAUGGCUGCAAAAGCUGGAGCUAAGAAGACGGUGGCGGUACUACUUAACAGGGGAGUAGACAUUAACGCGCAUGACAAAUUUCAUGGAAACGCCCUUCAACAGGCUUGCGGAGGAGGGUAUAUGGAUGUUGUGGAGCUGCUGCUCGAUCGUGGAGCUGAUGCGAAUCAAGAGAGUGUGCCAUAUGGCCUCCCUUCUUUUGCAGCAGCCUUCCGGGGCCACCUACACAUUCUGCGUCUUUUAGUUGAACGCGACGCUGCGUGCAGCAACUCGACCGAUAAGUUGGGACGUAACGCUCUCCAUUUUGCUGCACGAAGUGGCAGCCUGGCAUCUGUUGAGUUUCUACUUUCAAAAGGCAUAGACAUUAACACUGUUGAUAUCAAAGGAAACACGGUCUUGCACCACGCAGCCUGCGGAGACUCUUGCCGGAUGAUCAAAUACCUCCUCGAUCGCGGUUUUACUGUCCCCAAGUCGUCCGGUUCUUGGUCCCCUCUGCACUGGGCGUAUAGAACUGCCAGCAAAGAUGUUAUAAAUCUUCUUAAGACUAUGUAUUCGAACGAGGAAGUCGUCCAGACUGUGCACCCUGCAGGCCUGUGGACUCCAUCUUCUAUUGGCCUUUACCAUCGCAACACGAAGCUGGACCAACUGUCACAAAACUUACCGCCAAAAGUGCUGAAUACAGACAAAGGCGUCGUUUCAAACAAAAAAGCAAAAAAAUGUGGCAUUAAAACCUGCAAUGAAUGCUUUCUGGUGAGUAUUCCUUAA